UAUUCGAAAAAAUCUUUUCCGUUAUUUCGUUUGCUUUCUAGGUAACCAAACAUGUCGGAAGAGGCUUUCUUCGAUGCCGCGUGGGAAAGCUGGGAGUAAAUUAAUUAGCUGAUAUAUGAUGGUGGUCACUCUCAACUCGCGAGUAACCAACUACCGAAAACAGAGAGAUCUCUUAGAUUAAUGUUCAGGCCUGUUAUGCUCACAAACUCGGUCCUCAUUUUUUGAGAGAGAGGUAGAAUUCUCGGCGUCCCUUUUAAUGGCGCGUUUACCUUUGCUUGCACUCUCUACGAUUAUCAUUUCCGCUUCGCUACUCAACCUCGCUCUCUCGAAAACCCUCAAACGGGAUGUGAAAGCACUGAAUGAAAUCAAGGCGUCUCUGGGGUGGAGGGUGGUGUACGCGUGGGUGGGAGACGAUCCUUGUGGAGACGGCGAUCUACCGCCCUGGUCCGGGGUCACCUGCUCCACUCAAGGCGAUUACAGAGUGGUCACUGAAUUGGAGGUUUACGCGGUGUCGAUUGUGGGGCCUUUUCCUACUGCUGUGACCAAUCUGUUGGAUCUCACUAGGCUGGAUCUCCACAAUAACAAGUUGACAGGACCAAUUCCUCCUCAGAUCGGACGGUUGAAGCGGCUCAAAAUACUUAAUCUGAGGUGGAAUAAACUGCAAGAUGCCAUACCUCCUGAAAUUGGUGAAUUGAGGAGUCUAACUCAUCUAUAUUUAAGCUUCAAUAACUUCAAAGGUGAAAUUCCUAGGGAGCUUGCAAACCUUCCAGAGCUUCGCUAUCUCUAUCUGCAGGUUAAUCGUUUGAUUGGACGAAUUCCUCCAGAAUUGGGAACUCUACAAAAUCUUCGGCACCUGGAUGUUGGCAACAAUCAUCUUGUGGGUACUAUAAGGGAACUCAUACGCAUUGAGGGGUGCUUUCCAGCUCUUCGCAACCUAUAUCUAAAUAAUAAUUAUUUAACGGGAGGAAUACCUGCACAGCUUUCAAACUUGUCCGACUUGGAAAUCUUGUACCUCUCCUACAAUAAAAUGUCUGGAGUAAUACCAUCAGGACUCGCUCAUAUUCCUAAACUGACUUACUUGUACUUGGAUCACAACCAAUUUACGGGGAGAAUUCCUGAUGCUUUCUAUAAACACCCAUUCUUGAAAGAAAUGUACAUUGAAGGAAAUGCAUUCCGCCCAGGCGUAAACCCAAUAGGUUUUCACAAAGUCCUUGAGGUUUCUGACAUUGAGUUCAUCGUUUAGUUAAGGCAACAACUUAUUCUUUACUAAGAUUAGAUACCGUAUAUGUAUUGCCUGAAUGAAAGGUCCAUUUAAUUCUCUGAUUGAAAUGGGAAAUUUAAUUUUUGCUCA